CAAAUUGUCAAUUAUUGACGUUAUCCGCGGACGGUAGGACGCUGUUGAGUGCUGCGUCGAUGUAUAUUUUUUUAAUCAAAAACGAUUAUUAAUUCAUUGACGCUGAGUCUGUUCAAAUACUAGACGUAUUAACAAACAUUUUAUUAUUGUGAUUAGUUUGAGAAGUACUCAUUGAUGAGUUCGGUGAUUUCUCAGUACUAGUUUUUCUUGUGAUGUUUGUGGUACAGUGAAGUUUUUGUAAAGAUAAUUACGAAAACUGCCACCAUGCCAACGAGUGCCGUGUAUCAACCGACCACUGUUACUUAUGAGCAACAACCAACAGACCAGCGUUGGAAUUGCCCAAUCAGCUAUUUCUCACGGAGGGUGACAAGUAGUCUGAACCGGGCGAUCUGCAUCAGGCUAGCAUUAUGUCUUCUAGGCAGCACACUCUUCAUUAUUGGUCUAGCGCUACUAAUUGCGGGGGGUAUGCAAUAUUCAAGCUCGCCUGCACCCACGCCGUUGCCACAAGACGCGGAUAACGGUAUCGGCGCACUCAUCGCAGGCGGCGUCAUACUUUGUCUGGGCUUAUUAUUCGCAGGUGUAGGUGGGUGGGCAUGGUCUGCUCGUUGGGGCGGUGGUAAGGAGGCUCCGGCGAGUGGAGCGGCAGCACUAACCGCGCUCAACCCGUCAACUGAUCCCUUGGUGGCAGCUCAGUACGCACCUGUAAGAGAUGCACCGCCCGCACCCGAUGAUGAGAUGCGAAAUCUUAUGGAUAACAAGGAAUGUUUAAGCAGUGCCGAAGAGAGCGACAAGAUGUUGGAUGGGCGGCCGUCCGUAGCAUAAAUUUGAUUUCAAAAUUAAAAAUAACAGAUUUCUGUAUUACGUCCCCCUAAUCAAGACUUAAAUUACGUUUAGAGAACCAAUUCACAGGACGAAUAUGAAUUUAUUAAUUUAAAUAACAUAUUCCAAUGCAUUAUUGCAAUGUCGACUUAAAAUGGUUCGCAUUUUUUCCUUCUAUGGUAAUAGACCAUAGCAAUUAAGUUAGAUAUUUUCGGUACAAAAUAGAAAUCUUAUUUUAAUAAACAUAUUUUUUAAUUGUACUUAUUCGAAAUCUUCGUCAGCGCUACUCUGUAAUAUUGAUUUGCAAUUAUUUACAAAAUACAUAUUUCAUUGGCAUUGAGUUACAGAGUGAGCCUGCUUGAUAUAAGGGUCCAUCAAUGUGUGUUAUGUUCAGAUCAAAACGGACCGUUAAGUCGGUAAACAUUCUCCUAAGUUUUCAUCGUUCAUUAAAAUCGUGAUCUAACACGUGGCCAAAUUGUCGUCCAGAAUAAGAUAGAUCUUCUAAGCAUUUCUUGUCUAGAUUUAAGAAUUAGAUUAGCUAUAGGUCACUAUUUAAAAUGGACAUACAAUAUUCUUGGUAACAUUUAACGUAGGUGAAAAAAUGUAUUUACUGUAUAUCCUAUUAUUUUCGUACAAUUAUAUAAGGUAAUAUUUUUGAACUAUCAGCUAUAAAGCAAAUUUACUGCUAUUUAUUCCUCCCCUAUCAGCAAAAGUAAGCAAUGAUCUCACAAAUAAUAUUACAUAAAUGUAUUAUUUUUUCUAGGAAUCCUCGUAAAAAGCAUUUCGGUUUCAAGCAUAGACAAUGUAAUGUGUAAAAAGUAAAUGAGUACUGUUUGUGUAAUCAAAUAAGAAAAGCUAACGGCGACCAAUUUU